GGACCCUGCUGUGACAGCAGUACACGUCCUCUUCCUCCUCUUCUCCUUUCUUUUCUUCUCUGCUCCGCCUCCUCUCUCUCUCUCUCUCUCUCGUCUUUCUCUCGCUCUACACAGACAGAGCCCAGAAGUCGAACAAAUCAUCAAUGCCUUCACAGAAGCGUAAUUCGUCUUCAGAUAAUAAUCUUGCUCACCACGACGACUCCUCUCAGCAACAGCCCUCCCGUCGCAAGCAAUCGCGACGCCAACGAGGAGCUGAAGAUGAUGAUGAAGAUGAGCGAGACGACGGACAAGAUGAAGAAGAACAACAAGUGAAAGAAGAGGUCGAAGACUCUGAAGAUGAGGAUUCUGAUGGAAGUUGUUCUUCUGACGACACUGCAAACCAAUCCGAAUGGGUUCUUGUGGAACUACCAGCACUUCGUACAUACGUACAAUGUCCAAUAUGUCUAGGGAUCAUCAAGAAAACAAGAACUGUGAUGGAAUGCUUGCACCGCUUUUGCAGGGAGUGCAUUGACAAGUCAAUGCGUAUGGGGAACAAUGAGUGUCCUGCUUGCCGCACACACUGUGCCAGUCGACGUUCUUUGAGAGAUGAUCCACGAUUUGAUGCUCUGAUUGACAUUUUAUAUGAUGAUAUUGAGAAAUAUGAAGAGGAGGAACUGGCGUUUCAUGAAGAGGAAAAGACUCGCAAUAAGCAGAUUCAGGCAUCAAUUGCCCAGAUUUUUCGUCGACAAUCUGAAGCACUGAUAACUAAGCGCAAAACAGGUAAAGAUAUAGAAUCUACAUCAGGUUCUAGAUUACCACGCAAAUAUUCUAGAAGAAGAAGAAACACCAGGGGAACUGAGCGUGAAGGAUCUGAUGACAAUGAAGAUGAAAAUAAUCAUGAUGCGAACAAAGAUUCAUCUUCGACUGAUGAGCGGUCAACAGAAAUUAAGCAGAGGAGGUACAAGAGAAAGGCAGGAGCACAGUCCUCCCAGCCUUCUCCAUCAGCUGCAAAUUCAGAUGGUGGAGGCAAUGAAAAUGACUUAGAAGCAAGCAGAGAGAGCAAAGGUACUUCUGGGCUUGUGCGGAGCACAGAAAUGCUUGCUUGGGGCGGAGGUGGUGCUCGGAGCAAGAGUGUCCGGAACACCCGCAUAAUGAAGCUGACUAAAUACCUCGAAAAUGCGAAGGAGAAUGAUGAGUUAGAUGUUCAUCUCAUGCUUAUUUCUUUGGACAAACAAAGCACGGGAAGUUCGAAGCAGCUGUACCUCUGUUGCCGACCAUGCUUUUCUGUCGAAAGCCUCAAAGAAUAUGUUUCUCGUGAGACACAAUCACAGGCUGAAGAUAUUGAAAUACUGAUGAAGAAGGACCUGAGUACCAAUGGUCUGCGUUCCACCCUUGACCCUUCAACCUCAACAGAAAACAAAGAUGUUCUGCAAAAUUUGGAAGGCUGUGAAACUUUGGCAGGGCUGGGAGCCAAUUGUGCUCAAGAUAAGAACCAUUUGGUGCGUAUACAUUCACAUAUAUGGGUGUGUAUAUAUAUAUAGUUGUGUGCAUAUUGU